AUGAGCUCUGUCGGCCCUCAACUUCCACCCGGACUGCAAAAGCGGAAACGCGACGGUGGCGAGGACCACAGCAAUAGCGAUGACGACUCAGACUCGUCCACUGGACCUCUCCCUCCAAACCAGCAAGGAAAGGGAAGAGAACAGUCACCGCCGUCCACAAAACGAACCCGCGUGAUAGGCCCGACGCUUCCACCUGCGCCUCUAGACGAACGCCCUUCUUCAACUCUUUCUCCUUCACAGGCACGAGGCGGUCAAGACGAUCACGAGAGCAGUAGCAGCAGUGAUGACGAUGAUGGCUUUGGCCCGAGUCUGCCCUCCGCCAGCGCUGCCACUACCAAGUCUCAUACAGGCGCGCAAAUUCCUGGCCCUCCUCCGCCCGUAGUACCGGCCAAGCGCGACGAAUGGAUGACCCUCGCACCCACCGGCGGCGACUGGUCGGCGCGAGUCGAUCCUACGAAAUUGAAGAACCGCAAAUUCAACACAGGGAGGGGCGCAAAGGCCGCGCCUCAGCCUGCCGCAGGAGGCGAGUCGUGGCAUGAAACGCCGGAAGAGAAACAGGCCAGGUUGAAGAGGGAAGUUAUGGGGAUCAAGGAUCCUGCUACGGCAGGGAAGACAGGGACCACAUCAGAACACGGUUCUCAAGGCGAGGCUACCGCUAGGAGAUUGAAAGAGUACAAUGCAACACUCUGGGUUGAUGCUAACGACAAGCAGGAAAAACGGGGCCCUUCGCUCUACUCUGCGCACAGUGCGGCUUCCACGGGAGAAGAAGAGGACGACCCCAGCGCGCGCGCCUUCGACCGAGAAAAGGAUAUCGCUGGUGGCGCGACCAUCAACCCCACCCGCCGCAGAGAAAUGCUCAAGAAGGCCACGGACUUUUCUUCCCGUUUCAGCAGUGCAAGGUAUUUGUGA